GAGAGAGAGAGAGGAAAAUAACGUGAUCCGUGUUAAACAAAAGAAUUUGUGGACUAGGAGGCGGGAGGGUGACUACCUGCCGAAAGCAAACUUUCUUGAUAUCCGUGCAUAUAUAUAAACUCAGCUCUGCCUUUGAUGUUCUGCAACUGAUCACCGAUCAGAUUACGGGCAUUUCAUCUCCCUGCUCCUCUGCCUUUGAUCUGCAUGGUUAAUUUUAUUUUCCUGGAUUUGAAGUUUCGUCUGGGCUUGUGCUGACAUUCAUUUUUGGGACGGUGGAAGCAUUUGGCAUAGAAGCGCUGCCAACGAGAAACUAAGUUGCGGAAAGGAAAACUUCUUCAACAAUAAAUACAUGUAAUAAGAGCCAUGGCUUUAAAAGUGCUCCUGGAACAAGAGAAAGCAUUUCGCACCAUCGCAGUUCUACUGGUCUAUUUGACAUGUAAAGUGAUUUGUGAAACAGGAGACUGUCGACAACAAGAAUUCAGGGAUCGGUCUGGAAAUUGUGUUCUCUGCAAGCAAUGUGGGCCAGGCAUGGAGUUGUCUAAGGAAUGCGGCUUUGGCUACGGGGAGGAUGCCCAGUGCAUGACAUGCCGGCCGCACAGGUUCAAGGAGGACUGGGGCUUUCAGAAAUGCAAGCCGUGCCUGGAGUGCGCCGUGGUGAACCGCUUCCAGAAGGCAAACUGUUCGGUCACCAGCGACGCCGUCUGCGGGGACUGCUUGCCAGGAUUUUAUAGGAAGACAAAACUUGUUGGUUUUCAAGACAUGGAGUGCGUACCUUGUGGAGACCCUCCUCCUCCUUACGAGCCACACUGUACCAGCAAGGUCAACCUCGUGAAGAUCCCGUCCACGGCCUCCAGCCCGCGGGACACAGCCCUGGCGGCCGUCAUCUGCAGUGCCCUGGCCACGGUCCUUCUGGCCCUGCUCAUCCUCUGUGUCAUCUACUGUAAGAGGCAGUUUAUGGAGAAAAAGCCCAGCUGGUCACUGAGAGCGCAAGACAUUCAGUACAACGGUUCUGAACUGUCAUGUUUUGACAGACCUCGGCUCAACAAAUCUGCUCCCAGAGCAUGUUGUCAGUGCCACCAGGACUCCGCCCAGACCUGUGGGCCUGUUCACUUGAUUCCGUCUCUGUGCUGUGACGAGGCUGGCAGCGUGGACCGGGUGACUCUUGGCUGUAGGGUGCAUUCCAAGGACACUCUUCAGGAGAGACACCCAGGUCCAGUGGGGGAGACCACGCCCAUAUUCUUCGGGUCCCUUUCAAGGUCCAUCUGUGGCGAGUUUUCAGACGCCUGGCCUCUGAUGCAAAAUCCCGUGUGUGGCGACGACAUCUCUCUUUGUGAUUCUUAUCCUGAACUCACUGGAGAAGAUACUCAUUCUCUCAAUCCAGAAAACGAAAGCUCUUCCUCCUUGGAUUCCAACAGUAGUCAGGAUUUGGUUGGUGGAGCUGUUCCAGUUCAUUCUGAAAACUGUACAGAAGCUACGGGUCCCUCUAGACGUAACCACUCACUGACGGAACCAGUGCUAACUCAGGAUACACUGACCGCCAGAAGCCAGUUGUGUCAGGAGAGUGGUGACAUUGUCAGCCUGACCACGCCGACGUCCCUCCAGGAAGCUUAAAGGACUUGCUUCUUUCUACAGUAGAAGAAUAUGGAUGGAACCCAGUGUGCACUCACCCCUCUGCUUAGGCUUACGGACUGAGCCCAGUCUGGACCCUGCAUGGCUUCUGGGGGAAAAAAAUAAAUCUGAACCAAACUGAUGGCAUUUUAAGCCUUUCAACCAGUUGCUUCUGAGCCAGACCAGCUGUAAGCUGAAACCUCAAGGAAUAACAAGAAAAGACUCCAGACACUCACGAUACUCUGCAUUUUUCCUAAACAAGAAGCUUCUAUGCCACAAAGCGUAACUUCAAAGGCUGAUGGCUCAAGUUUGCAGCCUACGAGAUUAUGAGCAUAUAACAAGAAACAGAAAUGCACUCAUGCUUAUUUUCAUGGCGAAUGUGGUUUUACCAAACUGAAGAUCCAGAGUAUAAGUUUUCAUUUACACUUUCUUUCCAGAAAUAAUUUCGUAUAGCCGAUUAGCUUACUAAAAGUCAGUGUCCAAGCAGUUACUUUAGUUUUUCUGUAGAGUGGUUCAAAAAUGAGUGUUUGUGUUUGGUGAGGCUCACUUUUUCAUCAUCUGAUUAGCUCAGGCAAUUAGAAUUGACUUCAUGCUGACUGCCUCAGUCAGGGCUUUGUUAGAUGAAGUUAAUAUCUAGGAACUAGGAGUAAGAGGAUAGCAAGUCUUUUCCAGAAUCAACACUUGUAACCUUAGUCACUGACUCGUGAACCCCUGCUGAAGCUAGUAGGGAGAGGGGCCUGAGCUGGGGGAGUGAUGGUGAAAGAGCCCCCCACCCCACCACACUGCAUUAAAAACCACUUAGCACACAUAUCCUAGAGACUUGUAUACAAUGCUUAACAUAUUUCUGUGAAAAUCAGUUGACAUGGGAGCAUUUGCUACUUCUGUCCCUGUGACUGAGCUUAGAAGAUCCAGAAUUCCUCUCUUAGAGAAGAGUGAUGAUUUAUAAAGAUAAUGCUUUCUUUUCAUCCACCUCCCCCUCACCUCCUGCCUCUGAAGACCACCCCCCUGUUCUCUCUACCUGUGAGUUU